GUUUGUUUUGACACAUCUGUCUUAAUAAUCUAUUAUUGUUGUAGACCGAUACUUUACAAUCGAUUUGUUAAUUUACUUGUUGUAUUACUUUUAAUAUACUGUGUUAAAUGCAACCAAAUGCCUGGGAUUCUGAUCAUCGUAAAUAUCGAAUACCUCAGGUGAAAUCAUGUUGUGGUUGCGUCACAGAUUUAAAAACGGCUACAGCGAUUAUUGUCGUCCUCGGUAUAGUAACCUGCCCAUCGGUUUCGUGGGCGACCGUACGACACGCUUUUGUAAUACGAGUCUCAUGCUUUAUAACCAGCAGUGCAGACGAAGCAGAUGUGGUUGAUAUAAACCUCAGCAACGUUUUAAGUUUUGGUUUCGGCGCAAACGCUGGCCUGGGCCCAUCAUGCUUGUCUUCUAAGAACAAAACUGCAUCUCGAACGUUAACGACGCGUUCUAGUGAAAUGGGAGAACUGUCUAGUUCAUCAUUAGUAAAAAUAAUACGAUGGAUCGGCUGGGGUGUACUAUUUACCGACUUAGUCUUCCUAGGUUUUAGUCUCCAUUUUCUUAUCAAAAUUUUUAGACCUCCAGACCAAAAAGCAUUAAAAAAAUUUAUGAUAUCGUGUGUUGUAGCAAUGAUAGCUUCGUUCAUGUACGGAAUGUUGUAUGUGGCCGCAUGUUUGACAGUCGGGGGACCCUUCCCUGUGUUCGAGUUUUUGUUCUGUUUUGUCGAUUUAAUAACCUGGACCUACUAUCUAAUAGUAAUUAAUUCCUACAAAAAUUCCACCUACCGAGCUGAGAAUCGAUAGUAUAUGAAAUUAUGUAGGUAUAAUGGAUUUAUUCUUCUAUUAGUCAAAUGUACCGAAGUCAGUGAAGUGUUUAACAAUAGGAUCUUGUUUG